GACUGCAGAAACAUUCAGAGUCAAACAUGAAGAUACUGAGACACAAACAGAGAUGGUGUUCAUUAAAGGGGAGAGUGAAGACACGAGGAUUAAAGAAACAUUCAGAGUCAAACAUGAAGAUGCUGAGGAACAAACAGACCUGAUGGCGCUAAAAGAGGAGCGUGAAGAACUGAAUGAAAUGCAAGAUAAAGAUCAGUGUAAGAAAUACCAUGAUUCCAUAACUGGACAAAAAACAUUUAAUUGCUCUCAGAUUGAAAAGAUUUGCUCACAUAAAAGAGCUAAAAAAACUGAAACUAGAAGUCAUUUCACCUGCAAACAGUGUGGAAAGAGUUUCGAUCACCAAGGAAACCUUAAAGUCCACAUGAGGGUUCACACUGGAGAGAAGCCUUACACAUGCAAACUGUGUGGAAAACGUUUCAAUCGAAAAACAAGCCUCCAAAGGCACAUGAUAAUUCACACUGGAGAGAAACCUUAUACAUGCCAUCAAUGUGGAAGGAGUUUUUCACAUAAACAAACGCUCAAUGCCCACAUGAAAAUUCACACUGGAGAGAAACCUUAUACAUGCCAUCAAUGUGGAAGGAGUUUUUCACAUAAACAAACUCUCAAUGCCCACAUGAAAAUUCACACUGGAGAGAAGUCUUUCACCUGCAAACUGUGUGGAAAGAGUUUCAUUCAAAAAACAAUGCUUAAAAGCCACAUGACAAUUCACACAGGAGAAAAGCCUUUCGCCUGCCAACAGUGUGGAAAAUGUUUCACUCACAAAGGAACCCUUAAAAAACACAUGAGCGUCCACACUGGAGAGAAGCCUUACACUUGCUCUCAGUGUGGGAAAGGUUUUACUCAACAAGGAAGCUUUAACAGGCACAUGAUGAUUCACACUGGAGAAAAGCCUUACACCUGCCAACAGUGUGGAAAAUGUUUUACUCAACAAGGAAGCUUUAACAAGCACAUGAUGAUUCACACUGGAGAAAAGCCUUACACCUGCCAACAGUGUGGAAAAUGUUUUACUCAACAAGGAAGCUUUAACAAGCACAUGAUGAUUCACACUGGAGAAAAGCCUUACACCUGCCAACAGUGUGGAAAAAGCUUCAAUCAAAAAGGAAACUUUAAAUACCACAUGAGCAUUCACACCAGAGAAAAGCAUUAAACCUGCAUCUGUGUGGAAAGAGCUUCACAACAAAACUAAACCUUAGCUAUCACAUGAUCAGAAACCAGUUACAUGUGAUCAGUGUGAAAAGAGCCUCAGACAUAAAGUAUCCCUUAAUAAGCACAUGAGAAUUCACACUGAAAAGAGGCCUUUCACAUGAAAUAUGUUUUUACAUAUCAAAAAGACCUCGAAACAUCAUUUGCAAACUCAUUCUGGACAGACAUUGCCGUGCUCCUCAGUGUGACGAGGUUUACAGAAAGGAGCUAUUGCAGAAAUGACAAUGCUAGAAGAGAGAUGUAGCCACAAUCAGAUGGCAAAAACAGGUAACAUCCCGAACUAUGUCACCUUUUUGACCUCUUGUGAGUUUGCAGGUAUGUAAUUAUGAUUUCAAGAGGUCUUAACUUUGGGGACAGAAAGACAAGAAUUGUGAUAUGGUUUAAUGUGACGAUUAAACUUCAAAAGGUUCAUUUCAUUGAAUAAAUA